UGCGCCCGGCUUCACCGGCUCCGGCGCCCGCGGAGGAGAGGGCGCCCGGCGCUAUGUGAGCGGCCCACGCCGGAGCCUGCCCCAGCGCCCCCCCUGCAGCCGGCGCCAUGGAGAAGCAGAAAGGAAACUGCUGCUGGGACAUAGAGCAGACACAGCUCCUGUUUGGGGCUAGAAUCUGGAGGGCCCCUUCCACCGUUUAUGGCCCAGAUCUAGACAAGCUCCUUUUGGACCUAGAGUCCUUCCUGCUGAUCCUGGACCGGGAGAACCUCAGCUACAUUGCUCAGGCCAAGAAGAAAUCCAUCGCUGAGCUACUUUCCAGGUUCCAGAGCCCUCCAUCAGAGGACGCAGAGUACAUGAUCAUGCGCUGCAUCUCGCCCUCCUCUGGGAGCAGCGCUUUCCAAACGCCGGCUGACCUGAGCCCACGCCAAGCAAUCUCGUCUCCAGACCCGAUGGGAAGGGGAGAGUGUGACUUGCCCGCUGCCAAUGGCCAGUGCUCCUCAGGCGGGACAAACCCGUUGGGCAUCCUGCCCCACCUCCCUAGCCUGCCAGCUGAGGACUCCUACGAGGAGGCAGAGCCCAUCAACCCCAAGGGACAUAUGAGCCCAGCGGGCGGCGGGGACACAGACAGCAGCCACUACGAGUCGUACGGCGAGGACGAGGACUGCGUGAAGGACCGUGCGCACUACAUCCAGUGGCCACCCGCCGCCGGCACCGCCGAAGCUCCUGCUCGCCCCGAGGCCCAACUCUGCGGCUUCCUCUGGAGGAAACGCUGGCUCGGGCAGUGGGCCAAGCAGCUCUUCAUCGUCCGGGAACACGCCCUGCUGGUGAGCAUUGGGUGGGAUGGAGAGGGGCGGGAGCACUCGCAGGUGGAGACGGCUUCCCUGGGCACGGCCUUGCCCCUGCUGUGGAGGCCGCAUGGGCUGGGAUGUGUGCAGGACAGUGCCGGGAGGGUGGGGGGAGGGCCUUGGCAACAGGCGCCCGAUGGGCGAAGAGUGCAGGGACGUGUAGGUGGGUGCAGGGAAGAGCUGCAUGGUAAAAUGGUAGGUGAACUGAAGUGCAUUCAGUGCCCUGAACCUGCCAGCCCCAUAACCUGCAGACCCUGCACCCCCAUCCCCCCAACCCUGACCCCCUAA